AUGAAAAGAAAAAGAUCAAGAGAAGAUAGGCUUCAAGGUGGUAAAUUUCGAUUUUUAAACGAAAUGCUUUAUACCACUGAAAGCUCUCGAAGUUUUAAGUUAUUUCAAGAAAAUCCAGAAAUGUUUGAAGAGUAUCACAAAGGCUUUAAAUCCCAAAUAGAGUCAUGGCCUGUGAAGCCGAUUUCUUUGGUAGAAGAAGAAGUUAGAAAAUUAUACUCAGGAAACCCUAUUAAAUUAGCUGAUUUAGGCUGUGGCGAUGGGAUUCUAUACACAAAAUUGUCUGAUCUUGAAAGGAUUAAAGUAUAUUCUUAUGACUUAAUUGCAAAAGCUGAUCAUAUCACUGCUUGCGAUAUUACAAAGCUACCACUCCAAGAUAGAGCAUUAGAUAUAGCUGUGUUUUGCCUUUCUCUUAUGGGAACUAAUCAUGUGGAGAUGGUAAAAGAAGCUUAUAGGUGCUUAAAGAAAAAAGGAUAUCUAAUUGUAGCUGAAGUUGCUUCACGAUUUGUUCAUGAUGAAUUUAUUGACAAAAUGAAACUUCUAGGGUUCAAGCUUAAUAAAGAAAUUAUACCAAAUAGUUUUUUUUCAUUGUUUAUUUUCAGAAAAUUUGGCCAAUGCAGUUCACAACCAGAGUCGCUAUUAAAUCCAUGCAUAUAUAAAAAGAGAUAG